AUGAUCGACACGAACAUGGCAGACGCUUCGCAGCAACAAUCCGGCUCCGGCCUUGGUAACAAUGGCGAUCGCUCGCCCACUGAGAAUCGACCUGGCAAUCCACAACGUGGACAUACCGCGGAGGGUUUCCGCCCGACUGACGCGCUGUCUGUCUUCAAAGACGCAGGCGUGAAGAAGUACCACACGGCUUGUAUCGCAUGUGGCCAAGUAGCGAACCUUUCGCACCGCAGCCGUUGGCGCAACUGUCGAGGUGGCUGUCCUCUGGACGCCACCCAUAACCAUCCCGGGAAACCCUGCCCUCUCUUGAUGCGGGUUGCCAACGAGGACUGGUGCUUCAAGCAUGCCGGAGAAACUCUGCAUGAUGAGCGUGACGCAGCUCGUGACCCGGAUCACAAGGAGCGCGCAGAACAGCGACGAGAGCAAAAGGCCAACGCGCCCAAGCCCAGUUCCCCCUGGCCGACUCAGCAGUACGGCGGUUCUCAAGGCCAGUGGCAGGCUCCUCCGCCAGGCCCUCCUCAUGGCAAUUGGCAGGCUCCGAUGGGACCUCCUCGAUACACCAGCAACCAGAGGCCUGCUCAAGGUCGGCCCUCUGGUAACUGGCAACAGCCUGGCUCUUAUGCCGGCUAUCCAGACAGCAGCUACGGCGCUGAGUAUGAGACAUACGGCCCUCAAGGUGGCUUUGCUGACCCUAGGCAUGCGUACGAUGUCCGCGGGCGCGACCCUCGUGAGCGGAGUCCGCCCAGGGAACUAUUCCCAUCCAACGGCAGCUACCGUGACCGAGCGCCUUCAACGGCACGCCCUACCCGUGAGGCGCCGAGCGUAGAAUCGGUCAACGACCGCUUGGCCAAGAUACUCGCACAGCGCAAAGCUGAAUCUGGUCCUCCGUCUGCUCCAAAGACGCAACCACCCACACCGCCCACGCCGGCACAAGAUGCCCAGGGCCAAGUACAACCAGAUCUGGAACGCAGGGUCCAAGAGCUUGAGCAGCGCCAUCAAGCUGAUAUGACGACAGUGCAGCAACAGGCGACUGCUAUCGCGACGCUGCAGCAACAGCAUGCAGAGCUGAGGCAUGACCACAACAUGCUGGUAGCUGAGCUCAAGAAAGUAUUGGGAGGCAAACCCAAUAUGGCGACCGAGACGGUGCCCGAGACGGCGAUCAAGCCAAUGGCUGAUCAGACCAUGACAGACAGCGAGCUGUUCCUGGCGGAUCAGCGUGCAAGGUACCCUAACCUGUUCAUGAGCCAAUACGCUCCAGCUGUGCAGCAAACGCUGCCAUUGCAUCAAGCGCAGCAACCGCUGCCGGAACAGCAGACUACUGCUAAUGUGGAAUCACAAAUGCCGCCACCGCAGUUUCAACCUGCCCAACAGCCUCUUACGCAGGCUCAUAUUGAAGAAGCGGCAGAGGUACCGCUACCCCAAGAGUCGUCGCAGCCAGCACCUAGUCCUGCACUGCCAGGUUUCUCGGGGGGCUUCGAGGGCAUGUUCGACUCCACGGGCGUCAAUGUCUUCACCUACAAGCCGCCCGAUGGCGACUCGCGUCCCAACAACGGCUAUAUUCCUCCGCCGCCGCGGAAUGACUGA